AUGGGCACUGCAGCUGAAGCAUGGAAUGGGUCACUUCAACUCAUCAACACCUUGACACAGCUUUUCAAUCUGCACACAACUAUACGAUGCGUUUUAUUGUUUAUGAUGACUGGCGACUUCCACCAAAAGCAUGUUCUUGAUCCACCAAAAGUAUACGAGCCUCUUGCCUUCGACAUCGAACAGCAAAGUAUGGUGCUUGAUUAUACACAACUACAUCCAGAGUUGAUAUUGUGGGAGGAUCGCAUCAAGCUAUAG